AUGGCUACAACAACAUCUUCUUCCUCCUCUUCCUCAAUCCCUCCUUCGUCUCCUGCCACAACCACACCUUCACGUCAACAUCUCCUCCUCGAGCCACCGUCUUCGAAAAAGAAAAAAAGUAGAACAAACGUUUUCCGAGUUUUACGUACCGUUUUUCGAUCUUUCCCGAUCUUUACAACACCAGCCGUAGCAUGCAAAAUCCCGGUUAUACAUCCCGGUUUAGGCUUACCGGAUCCACAUCACAACACGUUAAGAAUCACGGGAACGUUAUUCGGAUACCGUAAAGGCCGAGUAAGUCUUUCGAUUCAAGAAAACCCUAAAUGUUUACCUUCUUUAGUCGUAGAACUCGCCAUGCAAACGACAACUCUUCAAAAAGAGCUUAGUACGGGAAUGGUGAGAAUCGCGCUCGAGACUGAGAAACAGCCUCGAGCGGAUAAUAAUAACAGUAAAAUAGAAAAGAAGACGGAUAUUUUGGAUGAACCAUUAUGGACAAUGUAUUGUAAAGGAGAGAAAACGGGUUAUGGUGUAAAACGCGAAGCGAACGAAGAGGAUCUUAACGUGAUGGAACUGUUGCGUCCGGUUUCAAUGGGUGCCGGAGUUUUACCCGGUAACUCGGAGUUGGAAGGACCCGACGGUGAAAUGGCGUAUAUGAGAGCUUAUUUUGAGAGAGUUAUUGGGUCUAAAGAUUCAGAGACUUUUUAUAUGUUGAGUCCUGAAGGGAAUAAUGGACCCGAGCUUAGCUUUUUCUUUGUGAGAGUUUGA